CUGCUCGGUCAAGAAACGACACCUGGUCUUGCUACGGUGCCCGCGAAUGCGAGUGACGGUGUUUGGGCUGACCGGGUUAAGUCAGCGUAUCGCUCGAACUUCCACUACAUCUCGACAGCGGCGAUGAUGUCCCGGGAGCUUGGUGGCAUGGUGGAUGACACGCAUGUGGUGUAUGGCACUGCCAACGUUCGUGUUGUGGAUGCUUCGGUGCUCCCAUUCCACAUCUGUGGACAU